UUGGGAAACUUCAUUCAGAUUAAGAGACGACACGGUCUAAUUUAAAAACUGAUAAGACUCUAGUGGCAGCUAAAAGGUUAUUCGAUUGACCAGAAGAAUGCUGGUACAAAUCUACCGCGGCAUACUAUACAGGCCGUUGCGGUUUGUAGCUCAUAACUUUUCGACUUUUCGACCUGGGAGUCAUAAGGUUUGCGCAUCAGCUGAUUUUGCUGUGUCGGAUAUCCCCGAUGGCGCGAAAAUACUCUUCGGCGGCUUUGGCCUUUGCGGCAUCCCCGAAAAUUUGAUAUCUGCCUUGGUUGCGAAAGGUGUUAAAAAUAUAACGGCGAUAUCUAAUAAUGGAGGUGUUGACGAAUUCGGGUUAGGUCUAAUGAUUAAAGGCGGCCUGGUCAAACGAAUGAUUUCUUCAUAUGUCGGAGAAAACAGUGAACUAGUCAGGCAAUAUCUGAAUGGCCAAUUGGAAAUUGAGUUAACUCCUCAAGGAACAUUAGCAGAAAAGAUACGUGCAGGGGGUGCCGGUAUUCCCGCUUUUUUCACACCGACAGGGUAUGGAACACAAAUCCAAAUGGGUGGUGCCCCAAUUAAAUACAGUGAAGAUGGAAAAGUGGAAAUAGCUAGUGAGCCAAAAGAAAUUCGCGAAUUCAAUGGCAAACCUUACAUUAUGGAAGACGCCAUUUUUGGCGACUACGCUCUUGUGAAGGCUUACAAAGCUGAUUCACUCGGAAAUUUGAUUUUCAAUAAGGCGGCGAGAAAUUUUAAUGCUCCAAUGUGCAAGGCAGCGAAGGUCACCAUCGCUGAAGUUGAAGAAAUUGUUCCUGUUGGCGAUCUGAAACCAGAUGAAAUACAUGUGCCAGGAAUAUUUGUUCAGCGCAUUAUAAAAGGUGAGAAGUAUAUAAAGCGCGUUGAACGUUUACGUGUACGAGAUGAUGAAAACAGUACUGGUGGCAAAUCGAAGGAUACUAGUGGCGGUGCAAAUAUUCGUGAGAGAAUCGCUCGCCGAGUAGCACUGGAGUUUAAGGACGGAAUGUAUGCUAAUUUGGGAAUUGGUAUACCAGUUCUGUCAUCAAAUUUCAUUCCGAAAGGAAUAAAAGUGUUUUUACAGUCAGAAAACGGAAUCCUUGGCCUUGGGCCGUUCCCAACGAAAGAAAAUGUGGACCCUGAUUUAAUAAACGCCGGAAAGGAAACAGUUACUGUCGUUCCAGGUGCGUCAUUUUUUGGGUCGGAUGAAAGUUUCGCAAUGAUCCGUGGUGGGCAUGUUGAUUUAACAAUUCUUGGUGCGAUGGAAGUUUCUCAAAGUGGUGAUCUAGCUAAUUGGGUGAUACCUGGGAAAGUGGUGAAAGGAAUGGGUGGUGCUAUGGAUUUAGUUGCAGCCCCAGGAACUAAGGUAAUCGUUACGAUGGAGCACAACGCUCGAGAUGGAUCGGCCAAGAUCCUAAAAGAAUGCAAAUUACCAGUAACAGGGAAGAGAUGUGUUGACAUUAUCAUUACGGAAAAGGCGGUAUUUGAAGUCGAUAAAGAAGCAGGUGUCCUCGACUUAGUCGAAAUUGCCGAUGGUUAUACUGUUGAUGACAUUACAGCUUGCACGGAAUGUGAUUUCAGGGUUUCAUCAAACCUGAAGAGCAUGGCACAAGUUUAAAUUAAAAAAUAAUCGAAGUGUACCAGAAUAACGCAUUUAUUUUCCUAUAUAUAUAUAUAAACUCACUUUUACCACAACACUUAGGAUCAAUUAUGUAUUUUAUUACAAAUACAAAAAGGUUUCAGUGGCA